AUGGGUACCUUUAUUGGAGGACAGAUUAAUCACAUGCAUUUUCGUGGAAGGAAAAACCGUUGCUUUAAGUUGGCUAUACGAAGUGUUCAGAGAGCUUUUGUGAAGACUACAAAGGCCAGACGAAAAAAGAAGAGCUUCAUGAGAGAGCUUUGGAUCACGAGGAUUGAAGCAGCUUCUCUCGAACAUGGUUUGAAGUAUCCAGCUUUCAUAGGCAAUCUGCUUAAGUGCCAGGUGGAUCUGAAUAGGAAAAUGCUUGCUGAUCUGGCUAUUUAUGAGCCAAAGACAUUCAAGUCCCUAGCUGCCUUAGCUCAGAGGAGACGACAAGAAGGCUUCCUUGCUGCCCUUGGAGAUGGAAAAGAACCAGAGGGAAUAUUUUCACGUACUGUACACCAUUAUUGAAGUGACAGGCAUAACCUACAAUUGUAGCUGCCUAUUCUAAGUAGGGACUUGUAUUGCAAAGUUAAGUGUAUAUCCCAAUAUACAAUAAAGAUCAUGUAAGUGAAACAAGAUCUUUUCCUACUUGACUGGUUUUAGAGGAGGACUUAGAGAACCAGCUUGUAAACUCAUAAGGAUGGCUGGCUUGUAUUGGCCUGCCAUAUUGCUCCUUAAGCGUAGAUUGCAAUUUAAACUAAAACCAUUAACAGGGAUAAACCCUACUCUCCAGAAGUCAUGCUAUGUAAAAAUGUUGUGUAAACACUCUUGUUCUGUAACAAUCCAAUAAAGGGUUUUAUGUCUUAU